AUGGACUCUGGGAAAACUUUGUGUAGUUUGUUAAAAGCUAUACAAUUUCAAGAGUCUGCUGUAUUCUGUGCUCUACCUGAAGGUUUGAAGCUCACUGUGGAAGAGGGUAAAUGUGUGCAAGCCUCUGCCUAUGUACCCUCUGAUAACUUUGCUGAAUAUCAUGUCAGAGAUGAUGUCGAUGUAAUGUUUAAGAUCAGUAUAGCAGUAUUGGCAGAGUGCCUCAAUAUUUUUGGGUCUCUAGAGGAAUCAAGUUUGAAGAUGUACUACAGGGGUGAAGGAUCACCUUUGCUCUUGGUCCUACAGCCUACAUCGGUAAACAAUGUAAUGACAGAUUGUGAGAUAUCUACACAGACAGCGGAUUCAGUGCUAGAACUACGAGAUGAGGAUGCAGAGGAAGUCGCCAAAUUGGUUCUAAAAGCACCUGCGUUCUUAGGCCUCCUGGCAGAUUUAGAGAGGUCGUGUGAUAUUAUUGAGUUGAACCUGUCCCCAGAACAUCCCAAUGUUAGCAUAGUCACUUAUGGAAUGCAGGAUCGUUCAUGUAUUGACAUGCCAAAAUCAUCGGACAUGGUGCAAAGCUUCAGUUGUGAACAACCUAUCACAUUGAAGUAUCAAUUACAUCAUAUUCGUCUUAUAAUGAAGGCACUCGCUAUAUCAACGAAGGUGGUAUUGAGAUGCAGUUCCAAUGGUCUACUCUUACUCCAAUUGAAGCUAGAAAAAGAAGACCAAAGACAAAUGUUUUCAGAAUUUUACAUAAUUCCUUUAUUAGACGACUGA